AUCGACUCACUCCAUUCCGACUGUACGAUGAGCGCGGUGGAGAGCAUUCCGGCGCUGCCCGAGGACCUCGAACGAAUCAUUUUUCUCGAAUUGGCAACACAAUCUCCUCGCUAUAUCCCAGCCCUUAUACUGGUAGCCCGUCGCGUGAAACAGUGGGUCGAGCCUGUUCUGUAUCGCAUGAUCACAUUGGAACUGCCCACUCUCCCUGACGUCAGCACCCUCGAUCUCCCUUCAUUUUUUCGUGUACAUGCGACCAAAGGACCGGACUUUCUCGCCCGAGCCGUGCGGCAUCUCGCGCUCAAGGACGUGAAUGUCGCGUUCAUGGACUUCAUCUUCGAAUCCUGCCCCAACACCGAGGACCUGCUCCUCAACUACACUCUGCCCAAACACACGCUAUACGCGUCGGUCCCGUCCCUGGUAAGACUCCCCCUGAGACGACUGUACACCUACGUCCUCGAUUUCUUCGACGGAACAGAGCUCGUGCCAAAGUUCCGGCCCCUGUUUAACAACCUCACCCACCUCGUCGUGUUCGGCAACCUCACCGGCCAUGGCGAGCUCGCAGAAGCGCAGGAGCGAUGGCGCCUCGCCGCGUCCUUGCCGCAGCUCACGCACCUCGCGGCGGUCGAGUACAACCCCGUCAUGUGGCGCGUGAUCCUCGGGAACGAGAGGCUGGUCGUCCUGGCGUUCCUGUGGCGCUUUGAUUUCCCCCCAAUGCCGCAGGACGAGCAUGAGAUCCCCGUGGAUCUGCGGUUUGUUGCGCUCGCAGAGUUCUCGAGCGUGCUGGAUUGGCAGAAGGGCGCACUGGGGAGGGGCGAUUUUUGGGAUGCGGCUGAAGAGCAUGUGCGGAAGCGAAGGUCGGGGAAAGUGUAUCCGCGGGCGUGGUUUCUCCGGACCGGCCAAGUCCCUCUGCUUCCAACGCUCAAUGUGGCGCUGGGAUAAGAAGCAUGCGGGAGGUCAAACAUCUUAGCACUUUUUCAGUCGCAGAGACUUAGUAGCCCUAAUGAUUAGACUUUCUGUUGGCAUUCAAAGACCUUGCGUAUAUAGAACUUGAACGUAUAUUAGCUAAUUGGGGUGGGCUACAUCUGUUGUGGCUUCUUGCAAUCAAGUCGGCGACCCGAAGGAUCCUCGGAAAGAUAAAGUGCAGGAAUGGAUAGACUGCGAACGUGUUGGAAAAAGCGAGCACCACAGGACUCGAACCUGUAACCUUUUGGUAGUCUCACGAAGGCAUCGAAGCCAAACACGCUAGCCAUUGCGCC